UUCAAAAUUUUCAGGUUCAUCCUGCCCAAUUGGAUGCGACAGAAAUGACACAGCAGUAUACUUCUUCGUCAAUUCCAAGAAAAAAAUAUCAUCUUCAUCUGCACGAAUCCCAAAAGUUGCCCGCGGAAAUUCCAUCCAUUCCUCCAAUCUGUUCAGAGUUUAUCCUUUCUCCUCCCCGAUUCGUUAUCUUCAUCCACGAAAGAUAAGAUUCAGAGAUGCACAUAUCCGCUCAAAAACAGUACAGGCUAAGGCCUACUCUCAACAAUCUCGAAGCAGAAAAGAGGGUAACCAUGAGAGCAGCAGAAGACCAGCAAUGGGGAGUGUUUUACGAGCUAUGUUAUCUGAUAAUUCAAAUCCUUAAGUCGCCUCCUCGUCGAACUCAUCUCGAGUUCUCACCUACUUACUCCUUUGCUUCUUCUUCGUCGUCUUCGAGGCACCUGCAGGCUCACCCGGGUUUACCCGUUUCGUGGCCACGGGUCUCUCUGGUGGAUUUGGCGUUGCUGUUGCUUGGGAUUUCAGUGGCGUUGAUGGUCUUUGGCUCGGUUGCUUUUGCGAUUGGCUUUGUUUUGUUGCCUUGGGUUCUGGGUUUGGUUAUUUUCUUUUACUUUGUUGGGUUUAUGUCCAGCUUAUCACAUCUGAGUCGCUCCAUUUUCUCUCCUGCAGACGUUCCUGCAUGGAAAUUUUGAUAUGCCGAGGCAUGGAUUGGAACAUAAAGAGCUGCAAAAGAGGACAUGGGACAUGGUUUUGAGGUCAGCUGCUUGUUGGGAAAACUUUUAUGGGAUACUGAGGUGAACUUGGUUGAGGUCCCUAUUGUCUUGUCUUGUUUAUUAAUGGCUGUUCUUGUUGUGAACUCUUGUUGUUGAAUAAAUUUAGUAUUUAAUUUUAUUAAAAUUUAGUUAAUUUGAAUUAUGUAUUAUUUUAAGAAGUUAAUAAGUGAUGAAGUUAUCAAUAGGAAUUUUAUUUACUAUUUUAAGAAAAUGAUAUGUGAUGAAUCUCAUUUGUAAGGAUAAUAACUAUCAUAUAAAAAUGACAGUAAGUA